CAACUCCUGUACAGAGAGUGACAGAUACAAGUCAACAAGUCUUCCUCUGAAAUUUCAAACUUGCCAGUACUCCCUCAUAUCCUCCGCUCCUGACACCCUUUCCUCCAUUCAAAGAAAAAGCAUCAAAUAUCCUCAUCCAAUUUCUAUGGAGUUCUCUCUUCAUCCACUCUUUCUUCUUCUUCUUCUUUCUCUUCUUUCUCUUCUUUCAUCCUCAGUAUCUUACAAUCCUCCGGUUAAGUACUUCAUGAACUGCGGAUCUGGCACCAAUUUCCAACUUGACAAUUACCGGGCUUUUGUUGGUGAUGAGAAUUCUAACUCUUCCUUCUCUGUAGGAAAAAGCAAAUCUAUCCAAAAUAAAAACCCUUUACCCGGCAUAUCACCCCUCUAUCAUACAGCUAGGAUCUAUACGAAAAUAUCCUCGUAUAUGCUUGAUAUCACUCAAACUGGUUCCUACCUUGUUCGCCUUCAUUUCUUUCCAUUCAGCUUCAAAGGGACUCAUCUUGCUGAUGCUUUGUUCGAUGUGUCUGCUUCAAAUUUUUCACUUUUAUCAAAUUUUAGAGUCCCGAACAGUACUACUGAGUUCCCAGUGAUCAAGGAGUUCUUUCUCACGAUUGCUGCAGGAAAUUUCAAAAUCUACUUUAAACCAGCUGAAGAAACAUCUUAUGCUUUCGUGAAUGCCAUAGAAGCCUUUCUUCUCCCACCAAAUUUCUUCAUGGAUAAUUCAACAAUUCCUCCUUUACGGACCAAAGGUGGAGCUCUUAGGACACUUUAUAGGAUCAAUGUUGGAGGUUCAGAAGUUAACGAUACCCUGUGGAGGAAUUGGGUACCAGAUGAUGAUUAUCUAACUUUCGGGGGUUCGGGUGCAAACCGUUCUUAUGGUGGUGAACUUCAUGAGGCCAGUCAAGGGUUGAUUGUCCAAGAAAUUGCCCCUGAUUCUGUGUACAGAACUUGCAGAGAAGCGAGUGUAGAUAAUAAAGGGGCAUCCAAUUUUCCCAAUAUAACUUGGCGUUUUAACGUGAAUAAGAAAGCUAGGCAUCUUGUUCGUCUGCACUUUUGUGACGUUUUCAGUGUUUCACCAGGUACUGUGAAAUUUGAUCUCUAUAUAUCUACCAAUUCCAGUCAUGAGAUCGAUCCUAAUUCUAAAGGGGUUAGUGAUAUGGCAUCUCCAUUUUUCUACGAUUUUGUGGUUCCUUCUAAUGAUUCCGGAUAUAUGAGUUUUAGUAUAGCCCCAGGAAAUAAUUCUAUUUCGAAAGUUGCUUUUCUGAAUGGAUUGGAGAUCAUGGAGUUUGUGGGGAACACGAUAAUUGUAGUGCCUGUUGAUGAACAUGAGUCAAAAAACCAUCUGGCUCUCAUAAUUGGUUCAGCUGGAGGUGUGGCUCUAGUCUUGGUUUUGAUUUUAUUAUUCUCAUUAUGUUUGAGAUUAAAGCGACCGAAGCCCGUAAAAGCUGAGUUUCUUUAUGGAAAAGGGAGGUCUCCCAGUUGGAUAACUGAAAGAACUGAAAAUGCCUCCAACGUUACUAAUUUAAACCUCAAACUGAAGAUGUCUUUACCUGAAAUACUGGCUGCGACUCAUAAUUUCAAUCCAAAGUUGUUGAUUGGUGAGGGUGGGUUUGGCAAAGUUUAUAAAGGAACUCUUGAGACUGGUAUGAAGGUGGCUGUGAAACGAAGCGAUUCAAGUCAUGGCCAGGGUCUUCCAGAGUUCCGAACUGAGGUCAUGGUCCUUUCAAAGAUUCAACAUCGGCAUCUUGUUUCCUUGGUUGGCUACUGCGAUGAAGGAUCGGAGAUGAUAUUGGUUUUUGAAUUCAUGGAAAAGGGGACUUUGAGGGACCACUUAUACAGCACGAAGGAGUGCUCAAAGAAUCCGUCUGCAAAAACUGAAUUGAAUUGGAAACAAAGGCUUGAAAUCUGUAUUGGCUCAGCAAAAGGUCUCCAUUACCUCCAUACUGGUCCAGAUGGAGGAAUCUUUCACCGUGAUGUUAAGUCUACAAACAUCUUACUUGAUGAACAUUACGUGGCCAAAGUAGCUGAUUUCGGUCUUUCUCAACAAGGAAUGCCUGAUCCGGACCAUCUAAGCAUGGGUUUUAAAGUGCUUUGUGCUCGACCCCCUGUUGUAGACUCACAGCAGAAGGAAGAAAUAAACUUAGCUGAAUGGGGGAUGUUUUGGCAAAAGGAAGGGCAGCUUGAAAAGAUUAUCGAUCCUCUACUGGCAGGUCACAUCAACCCUAAUUCGCUAAGAAAAUUUGGUGAAAUAGCUGAGAAGUGUUUGAAGCCACAAGGAGCAGACAGGCCUAAUAUGAUUGAUGUGUGCUGGGAUUUAGAAUACGCAAUGCAGCUUCAACAGACUGCAGUGCAUAGAGAGGCACAUGAGGACACCACCACAACAGGUGUUUCAUCAGAUUCAGCACUCCCAGUUAUGCAGAACAUGAGUUCUAAUAUGUUCCCAGUUGAUGAUUUCUCAGAUACAACAGAUACAGUAAUGUAUCCCAAUUAAGAAUUAACGAUUCCAGAUGAUCCCCACGGGUCAGGAAUGAGCUCUCAAUACCUCCAGCAACCAAUUGAUAAUUCAUGUUGUCAGAUAAGAAGUUCUAAAUAACAGCAAGAACAUUUAGAAGCUUUGCCAAUUACACAAAUGCCUUAGUAAUUCUCGGGGUUGGAAGCGCCUAUUCAACCAAGAGAUUAGGGUAGAUAGCUUGAUAAAUGAGUUUCUGGAUGCUAAUGUCCAUCCAGUGGAUGCAUAUCUGUAAAAUAUAAAUAAUAAUAAAGUUUGAUUGGAUGCUCAA